AAGGCUUUACAAAAAAAAUUUCUUGACUAUGAAGUUUAUCUUUCUGAAAUUCAUAAAGCAAUAGCAAAAUAUUAUAGUAGAAAACAAAAGGAUAUAUUAAAUAAUACUGCAUUAUUAUAUGAAGAAUUAGUAAGAAGAAAAAAUAAAGAUUCUCAAUACCUACUUGAACUUGCUGAAGCCUUAGAAACAAGUAUAGAAAAGAAGAUUAAAAAAGCAAAGUAUACUUAUUGGAAGAUACAAAUUCUAUUGACAUCGUCUGCUACUAUAUUAUCACAAACAUUAUUUCCUAAACUUGAUAAAGCUUUAAGUCAGUUUAUUAUGUCUGAAAUACAAAAAAUUUAG